ACACGAGGCUCCAGGGCCUCCAUCGCCACACCGGUGCGUGCGAGCGCGAUUACCAGAGGCGGGCGGCAGGGACGAUGCUGCUGCAAAGGCGCGGCGGCCUCCUCUGCUGCGGGUGCGGCGCCAGCGCCGUGGCCGUGGCCGUCAGUGGCCGCGUUCCGGAAGACGACGGCGGUGCCGUCGUCGAUGGCCAGCCGCCUGACGCCAAGAGCGUGUCUGGUACCAGUGUCUCCGCUGCCGUGACGACCGCAAACGCGAGGCAGCUCUCGUGGGCGCAGGUGGAGGCCAUGACGGGAGGCUUCACGUCAGCCAUCGUCGGCGAGGGCGGCUUCAGCACCGUUUACCUCGCCCGCCUCGCUGGCUCCCUCGCCGCCGUGAAGGUCCAUCGUAGUAGCGAGCGUCUUCAUCGCGCGUUCCGCCAGGAGCUCGACGCGCUCCUCCGCGUUCGCCAUCCCCACAUCGUCCGCCUCCUCGCCUUCUGCGACCAGCGAGACGAAGGCGUGCUGGUGCUAGAGUUCGCGCCGAACGGCAGCCUGCACGAGCAGCUCCACGGCGGCGGCGCGGGCGCGGCGCCGAUGCCGUGGGCGCGGCGGGUGCCGGUGGCGCUGCAGGUGGCCCGCGCCCUGGAGUACCUCCACGAGCGGUGCGAGCCGCAGGUGGUGCACGGCGACGUGAAGGCGUCGAACGUGCUGCUGGACGCGGGCAUGGGCGCCAGGCUGUGCGACUUCGGGUCGGCGCGCGCGGGGUUCUCGGCGGCCGUGGCCGUUGCCGCUGCAGGCCCGCGCCCGCGCGCCGUGUUCGGGUCCCCGGGCUACGUCGACCCGCACUACCUCCGCUCCGGCGUGGUCACCAAGAAGAGCGACGUGUACAGCUUCGGCGUGCUCCUGCUGGAGCUGCUCACCGGCGUGCAGGCGUUCCGCGACGGCCGGCUCCUGACGGCGUCCGUGGCGCCGAGGCUCGCCGCCGCCGCAGCCGGCGACCUCGUGGACCGGAGGCUGGGGUGCCGAUACGACGCCCGCGAGGCGGCGGCCGUGCUGGCGCUAGCGGCCGCGUGCGUCCGGGACAAACCGGGCCUCCGGCCGUCGAUGGCCGACGUGGUGCGGGCCCUGGAGCAGCUGCAGCCGCAGCACGGCCGGAGCUUGUUGGGCGCCGGAGGGAAGCUGUAGCUGCUGUCGUAGACACGUGGCGCGCAUUGUUGUUUGUGGUGGUCGUGGGGAUGCGACUGCUCAACUGACCACACCCUCCCUCUAUUGGAAUUGGGUUGGUGAGGAACAGGAGGCGUUGGGAUUUGCGCUUUGGGGGUAUUGGGGUGGGGGGUGAUUUGCUUAUCAUCUUUAGCUGGGAUGAUGGGUCAUCAUGUCAUUAGCCACCAAAUCAAAAGUAGAGCAACUGCUGAGAUAAAACGAACAGCAGGAGGAUGGAAGUAUCCGUCAUUAUCAAGUGUGUAUACAGUAGUAACUAAAAUGUAAACAGAGUUGCUUCUUUUUCGUCUGUGUUGCAUGUAUGAUGUACCUGUGUGUGGUAUGCACACAUGUUUAGCCAAAAGAAAAGAACUGUGCAUAUACAUUAUCAUUCUA